AUGCACAGCCAAAAGUUCGGUGAAGCGAUCGAACUCGACCCCAGCAACCACGUCCUGUACUCGAACCGUUCCGGCGCGUACGCAUCCUUGAAGGACUGGGAGAAGGCCCUGGACGAUGCCACAAAGACAACCGAGAUCAAGCCCGACUGGGCCAAGGGUUGGGGCAGGAAGGGUGCUGCCCUCCACGGCAUGGGCAAUCUCGGUGAGUCCACCUCAUUCAUGCCAUCACACGCUGGCCCUCGAAGCUGA